AUGCCUGUAAGUAAAAAAGAAAAAAUACAUAAAGUAAAAACAUUUACUAAGAAAACAUCAUAUUUAAAUUGUCAAAAGCGUGGUAUAAAAUAUGAAAAAGAAGAUAGUGAGGAAAAUUGUAGUCUUUGUAUAAAACAAGGUAAAAAAUGUAUUAUUUUUAAGCCACAAUAUAUGGAAAAACAUAUUGUUGAGCUCACUGAAGAAGUUCGAAGAAAUAAAGAAGAGAUUCAAGAUUUAAAGAUUCGAGUAACAUAUUUAGAAAAAUCACAUAAUAAAUUAAUAUUAAAUCUUAAACAAAGAUCAAUUCUCGAUGAAGAAUUAAAACUCGAAUUCAAUUUUUAG